UGGCCCUGAUAACCCCAACAACACCAUGGGUCAAGUGGCCCUAUAAACCUCAACAACAACAACACCAUGGGUCAAGUGGCCCUAUAAACCUUAACAACAACAACACCAUCAUCAUGGGUCAAAGAGACGAGGAAAAAGUUGGAACUUUAGAAGAAGCAGCUUUAAAGAGACGGGAGAAGCUGUUUGCGUUGAAGAGACAACGUCGUGAAGGUCAGGAGAAACAUCAACAAGAAGUGAAUGGUGAAGAGGAAGAGGAGCUUCCACCCUCACAAGUUCUCUUCAGAAACUACAAGCCACAGACUGCCAGCUUGGAAGAAGUCGUAUUGCCGGUAGUGAAGCCCGAGGAUGUGGAGGCUCUCGUUCAGCAACAAAUAGAUGAUGGUGAGAGAGCCAAGGAGGAAGUUCAGGUUGAAAUCACUAAUUUGGCCCCUAAAAAAAUAACGUUUGACCUGAAACGUGGCAUCCAGACUCAUCUAGAUAAGCUAGAGAGACGGACUGACAAGGCCAUUGCAGAGUUGAUCAGACAGAGGUUGAAAGAGGGUAAACAACAAGAUUUUUUAAUAGCAGUGAAUGCAGGGGCCCGAGCUCAGCAGAAGGCAGGCUACGACUCUGAUGAAGACUGAAUCAUUUGAUUCCUUAUGGAAAUAAAUACAGCAGGUUCUCUAUUCUUGAGAAUUGCUCUCAAGUUGAUUGUUCAGAAUUUGAAAUCUGUUUUCCCAUGGACACGCUGUUAUAACUGGGGACACAUUUCUGAGUCUUAAUAUUCUGUAUAUAAUUCCAUAUAAUUUCUGAACUAAGAAUAAUUUGCCUAAUACAUAUUUUCUUUCACUUCUGUUAAUUUUUAUUUGCAAGUAGUAUUAAACAUUGUUUAAUUAAUGUAUACAUAUCAAUUAAACAGAACAGUAGUACAAUACAGAAUACAGUACAUACAUGUAUGUAGGGCAGACAACAGUUAAUUGUUUCAGAGAGGUGAGGAAGGGGGUUAGCCAGCUCCCAUUGUAUUGCUUCACACUGACAUGUCAGAGAUGCAGGCAGUAAGGAGGGAGGGAGGUAGAUAGGUGGUAUAAGCAGAAAUACCACCUUGCCAACUGGCAUCAAUGACCACUACACACUAACACUGCCUCCCCCCCCCCAAAAAAAAAAAAAAAAAAUAAAAUAAAAUAAAAAAUAAAAAAUAAAUAAAUAAAUAAAUGCAUUUUUUUUAUAUCAACAGUUCAUGACUAGUCUUUACCAAAUGAGUGUGAACCAAACACAUGUGAAUAACAUGAACAUACACAAAAUAUCAGUUUAUAUGGAGGGUUAUCCGAACUGUGAUGUCAGCACACUUCUUGCAAGAUAACAAUUUAGUGAAUGACAGUGAAUGUGUUUCUUCUUUUUUUGGGUCACUGUGCCUUGGGAGAUAGCUGGUGUGUUAAACAUUGGUGAAAAAUAACAGAGGAAAAAAUAAAUUUAAUUUAUUUUUAACAAAAUUCUAGUAGUUAUUUAUGAAUACUAUUUACCAAACAAACUUAAGCACUCAACACAUACAUAAAAUAACAUAUGCAAAAUACCAAUGCAUAUGGUGAAAAUUAAAAGCAGAUUUUUUUUUAACACACUGGCCAUCUCCCAUCAAGGCAGGAUGACUAAAAAAAAAUUAAGUGUAUCAGAAUUCAUAGGUCAUUAAUUGGAUCCAAUGUGACAAUUUCGUGAGUGCGGAACAUCAUAAGUCAGGGUCCCACUAUAUGUAUUUGUUUGUUGUAAUGGUAAUGAAUAACGUAUGUACGCGUGGUCAACUUGAUAAAUGCUUUUUAUGAGUACGUUUGUUAUUUGAAAUAGUUGCUAUUGUUUUCAAAAUGCUGCUGAAAAUGCAGAAAAGUUACAAAAUUUUAUUAAAAAAUUUUGGUGGAUCAUCAGUAAAUUUAUCUUUCACUGAAAAUGACAUAUGAAGAAAUGUACCUACAAUAAUGCAUAGCUGUUUACUCUUACUAUUUCUGUGCAAGUUUUAUUACAUUUGAAAUAUGGAGGGGGUAAAAGAGUUUUGUGUGGAGGAAUUCAGGAAAACCGAAGCAAAAGCACAAACAAAAGUGAAAGCAAAAGACUGGGCAGGCAGUGCAACAUACCCCCAGUGAAAAGUAGGGGCACCAUUAGUACCUGGAGUUUACCUGGAGAGAGUUCCGGGGGUCAACGCCCCCGCAGCCUGGUCUGUGACCAGGCCUCCUGGUGGAUCAGAGCCUGAUCAACCAGGCUGUUACUGCUGGCUGCACGCAAACCAACGUACGAGCCACAGCCCGGCUGGCCAGGAACCGACUUUAUAUCAUGUGGUGUUCGAACACGUGGAUAGGGUAAAGAAAUACUCACGUAGGCUGGAAGUACGUAUAUUACGGAUAAUGUGGGAAGCGCCAAACAGCCGGUGACCUGCCUCCUUGCUCUCUCUCGUAAGACUAACUAACCCCAGUACCCAUAUGUGAGGGGGGUGUUUGAAUACUGCUGUGGUCAGCAACAAUAUGAAUACAGACAGUGAUUCAUUCUGUGCAAACAAGUGACUCUGCAAUGUACAGGCCAACCCCCCCCUUUUGCCUGUUCACUCUGUCACAUCUGUAUAGGUUGUAACCUGGGAUCCAUAUUUCGUUGUCCAAGUGAUCCUUCAUGUGGGUCUCAGUGAAAGCCGCGAACAUUGCCUUUGCCUCUGCAAGCAGUCCACGGAUGAAAGGUAUUUUGUUGUUUGUUGCUGGCUUUAGACCCUGUAUAUUUGUAAAGAAGAAUGUCAUCGGACUGGUGGUAUUGUUGGUACUGGGGGGGAUUUUUUUCCGGCAUUAGUAUCUGUAUCUGUUGGUUUGGAGUGGAGGCCAUCGACUGUGGUUCCACUCCAGGAAUGACUGGAUUUGGUGUACGAUUUCUGCCAUUUCCUGCCAGUUUUUUUUCCAUCCUGGCACUAAAAAACCUCUCCCUCUUGAGUGGCUGUGGCUACCCAGGUUUUCCCAUGGCCUGGAUGUUUUGUAUCUUUUUGUCCCCUUUAAAUGGUGUGCCUGGCAAUUUAAGUUAUAGCACAGUCUUUCUUGUACUGAAGAGGUACACAUUUCAGGGUGAAAAAGCUUACAGGAAGGGAGUUUGCAUUUUCCUGUUGUCAUAUGGGCACGGCAUUUUCUAGGGUGGUCAUAGUUGCACGUCCCGUCUAUUUUUCCAGAUUUCCCAUGUCUGCAGAUACCAAGUGCAUAGUAUGUGCACAGGCUUGGUUUCUGUUUGCCUUGGGUUUCUGAGACUGUAUUCCCUGUUUGUGCAUGUUUACCUGUCUUAUUCCUAUCCUCCCUAGCACCAACAAUGGAGCUCCCACCAGUUGUUUUUGGUAAUAUAUCCUCACUAUUGCUAGUGGAGUCCUCUUGUUUGCUAUUUCCUGUGGUAUUUCUAGUUUGUAAUAUUGGUUUUAUCUUAUCUUUGACUGCACUUGUUUCCCCACUAUGGCUCCUGUCCCCAAUGAGGUCAUUUAUAUGUAUUCCUUCCUGCGUAUAAUUCCCAACUACCUGGACAAAAUCUCCAGCUUCACCAUUACUGUCUCCCAGGACAGCACCUCCAGCUUCACCAUUACUGUCUCCCAGGACAGCACCUCCAGCUUCACCAUUACUGUCUCCCAGGACAGCACCUCCAGCUUCACCAUUACUGUCUCCCAGGACAGCACCAUCAGCCCCACAUUUACUGACUACCAGGACAUCACCUCCAGCCUUACAGUUUCUGACUACAUGGCCAGUAUCAAGGGCAGUACCAUUCAGCCCAGACUUUUUAUGUUCCCAUCUGUUGUAGAAAGCUUCCAGGUUUUCUAUGAAAGCAGCUUUGAUGUUAUCCUCUUUUAAUACCCUUGUGAUUUUAGUCCACAGAUUUAUCUCAUUUGGGCACACCCAAAAACACUUCCCUGUUUUAAUACUGGUUGUAGCUAGUUCUUGGAUAUCUGCAUAAGGGGCAUGACACCAAUUUCCACAAAAAUGACAAUUUAUCCAUGUGGAAGCCCGUUUGUUUGAUUGACUGCAGACUACACAGAGCUUCAUAAUGAUUUGAAUGGUUGAUUUACUGUAAUUCUACUAGCAACCUCUUGAAUACUCUAUUAAUAACCUCCUUAUAUGAAGCUCUAGCUAUUUGUAUUUCUAUUUCUAACUGUACUUGCAUAUUGGACAGCUUACCGUGUACGUUCCUGAUUUAUAUUUAUUGUUUGUGUUUGAUAAGCGUGCCUACAACCCCAUCCGUUUACAGUCUGCUUUAUUGUCCAACAAAUCCGUUUGAAACCAGUCAAGGGUUCGGACCAGUCAAGGGUUCGGACCAGUCAAGGGUUCGGACCAGUCGAGGGUUCGGACCAGUCGAGGGUUCGGAACCAGUUUGAUCUGAUCAGUGGGUCACUUAUUUAAAACAUACUGGUCGGUGAUUUGGGCUAACACAUGAAGGAUCUACUGGAAAUUAUCUACCCGAGUAAUAUGUGAUUUGAUUGAUACAACAGUAUAACUUGCGUGUUGAAGAACCGGUGAUUGCUGGCAGCUCCUACAGUGACGAACGGUCGAGUCUCAACCCUUGUUUAUCAAUCGCUGUAUCUAGCUUUUCUAGGUUUUUUCGUCUACACCACAAUAAAUGCUAUAUUAUCACUAUAGUUGACUGGUGGAAAUUUUGGAGGCAGGACGCUUUUUCUGUAGUAAUAAUUGCUUCUCGUUGUGUAUAUUGCGACCGCUGGUAACUACACUAUGCUACACAAUACAACACUAUGCUACACAAUGCAACACUAUGCUACACAAUACAACACUAUGCUACACAAUACAACACAAUGCUACACAAUACAACACUAUGCUACACAAUACAUCACUGUGCUACACAAUACAUCACUAUGCUACACAAUACAUCACUAUGCUACACAAUACAACACUAUGCUACACAAUACAACACUAUGCUACACAAUACAUCACUAUGCUACACAAUACAUCACUAUGCUACACAAUACAACACUAUGCUACACAAUACAACACUAUGCUGCACAAUACAUCACUGUGCUACACAAUACAUCACUAUGCUACACAAUACAUCACUAUGCUACACAAUACAACACUAU